AUGGCUUCCUCGAUACUAAUGUCCUUUGCUCCGGCCACUGUGAGAUGCUUCGCCACGGGAGCUAAGGGAACCACCAACACCACCACCACCACGAAAGAAGAGAAGAGUAUCAUUGACUUCGUUCUUGGCAGUUUGACCAAGCAAGAUCAGUUUUACGAGACCGAUCCUCUACUCAAGAAGGUGGACGAUAAAGAAGGAACCACCGGAGGUAACGGUGGCCGUAAAACGGUUUCAGGCGGAAAGAACUCGGUGGCAGUGCCACAGAAGAAGAAUGGUGGUGGCUUCGGUGGUCUCUUUGCCAAGAAAUGA